AUGGCCAAAUGGGCGGCCGGGGAUAGGGCCACAAUUCACCUUUUUCCCAAAGGUAUACGCGUUCUGACAUGCACUGAAGCUCGAGUGAAAAUUAUCAAAGAUACUACGUUGUACUACCCAUUGACUAAGCUGUGCUUAGAUAAAAAAAAUCGUAGUUUUGGUGACAGUAGAAUAUGCUCCAAGAGGUCCAUGUUUCAAACUCUGUGGCCGUCUUGGGUGUAUAAACAGUUUGAUGUUUAUGAAUUGGCGUCGAACAUUACUAAGAAAAUUAAAAUAUUGAGUACUGAUCAAUCUGUAGUGAAUUAUCUUGUUUAUCAAAAUGUACGAAUCUCAGACGAUCCAAUUUUCUUGUCUUUCCAAGUGACCAAACUUGGUUUAUUCAGUGAAACACAAAUAAAUGAAUUGUUUGGUAUYGACUCAACUAACUUGAGACUUCAACUCGAACUAAAUUUUUUAAAUAAUCUUAAUGUGGUAGAAGAAUACGUAUGUGCUGGUUCUGAUUGUGGAGUUCAAGUAUGCAAUUUGAAAACUAUGUUUUCAGUGUCAUCUACACAAACACAUAAAAGUAAUUGCAAAUAUUGGAAUUCAAGUCGUGAUAUGAUAACUAUAUCUUAUCUGGAUGAUUAUGUAAAUAAGAUUAAAUUUGUCAAUAAGUCAACUGAAUGCUCCUGUUUCCCUGGGUAUAACAGUACUAGCAUUAUUUGCAAAACUUGUAAUAGCCAUUUGGGCUGGAGUUUUGUGGUCAAUGGUAGUAUGUCAGUAAUGCCAACCUCAUUCUACGGAUUAUCCAUAACUGCCUUAAUAAAGUCGUCAGUUAAAAUAGAUCC